AUGACACUUAAACGAGGAGCUUUAAUAGUUAUCGAGGGUGUUGAUAGAACUGGUAAAUCAACACAAAGUAAACGCUUAGUUGAAAGCUUAAAGAAUAAACAAAUACAAGCUGAAUACACGAACUUUCCAGAUAGGAGCACUGAAAUUGGUAAAGUAAUUAAUGGUUACUUGACAUCAAAGAAUGACUUGUCAGAUGAAACUAUCCACCUGCUUUUCUCUGCAAAUCGUUGGGAGAAAUCUAGAGGCAUAAUAAAAACAUUAGAAGAAGGAGUCAGUGUCAUUGUGGAUAGGUACUGUUAUUCUGGUGUAGCAUUCUCUGCUGCAAAAGGUUUAGAUUUAAAUUGGUGCAAAUCACCAGAUUCUGGUCUGCCAAUGCCUGACAGGGUAUUCUUUCUUACAAUGCCUCUUGAUAAAAUACAGCAAAGAAACGGGUUUGGAAAUGAAAGGAAAGUAUCUUUCUUUUGCCUAUUUAUGCUUUUAUACGCUAGUAUGUGGAUACUAAUGUAUGAAGUCCCAGACUUUCAAAAGAAAGUUUCAGAAAUGUACCAGCAACUAAAAGAAGAUAACUGGGAAAUUCUGGAUGCCAGCAGAUCAAUAACAACAAUUGAGGAGGAAUUAUUAGAAAAAUCUUUAAAUGUUAUUAACAGUGUUGGAUUAAAACCCAUAGGCAAGAUUUGGGUCGAGUAA